GCCCCUGAAGGCAGCAGCACUGAAUGCCUGCGUGGAGACUGUCAUAGGUGAACAUGAGUGGUGGGAAAAGUCCGGUUCUGAAAAUAAUCCUCAUAGGAAGCUCAGGGGUGGGAAAAUCCUCCUUCAUGAACAGGUAUGUGAAUCACCGCUUCUCCCGAGCGUACCGGGCCACUGUGGGGACAGACUUCCUGUCGAAAGAGGUCAACCUGGACGGGGGGACUGUCAUCCUGCAGAUUUGGGACACAGCGGGUACAGAGAGGUUCCAGUCUUUGGGCACACCUCUGUAUAGGGGAGCCCACUGCUGCAUGCUGGUGUUUGAUGUCACAUCCAAGGAUAGUUUCUCUGCUCUGGAGGGAUGGAGGACAGAGUUUCUGAUCCAGGGUGAGCCCGAGGACCCUGCUGAAUUCCCCUUCAUCGUGCUGGGCAACAAGACUGACCUAGGCAACAGAGAGGUGUCUGCCAAGUUGGCCAAGCAGUGGUGUGAGGAGAAAAGAGCCGAAUACUUUGAAGGAAGUGCCAAAGAAGAUCGAGAUGUAGAAAAGCCAUUCGUGAGAGCGGCUCAGAGAGGCUUGCAACAGUACAAAAAACACACAUUGGAAAAUACAGGACAUUUCCAGAUAACCUGCAAACAGCCGAGAGAAACUCGCAACACCUGUGAAUGCUGAGCAGCACUCGUCCCAGUGUGGGAGGGAAAGUUCAGAGAGACCUCGGCACUGCUGAUGAUGACCUAUCUAACGAGGGUGCAAAAAUAGUGACCCAGCAAAGGUACUGUGGAAGGAAAGGACACAAUUGUAUACCACAUGGAGAGAGGAACAAACUUAUUAAAUGUUUUUUCUUUUUUUGAGAACCUUCAGCUUAUGGUCUAACUUAAGGCAUCACUACUAAAAUACACUGCUUUUGCAUGCAUGUCUAGUUUUGUUCAACAGACACACUGACACGCACAAAAAUUAUGAAUGCAUAUGAAGAGAAAGUUCAUUUCUAGAAAGGAAUCAGGAGAAACCACAAACGAAAACCAAGGUGCGAGCCGGAGAAAAGGCGGCAAGCACAAACCUUGGCUCGGAUCGUCCUGGCUGUUACCAUCAUAACUGAAUCCGCCCUUACAAAGUAGAUAUACACUCAUGUCCAGUCAGAGACCUCCUCCCUGUACAAGGUUGUAUUGUAAUGAACCUAGCAGUGAUUCAGACUCUUACAGUGAAUCCGCCUGACAGAAGCAAAUUAGAACAAUCAGGGAGACUAUAUAUAUAUAUUUAUAUAUAUGUUUCUUUUAUAAGUAAAGACACAAAAGGCAAUCGAGAGAUGACCAACAUGUAAAAACUGUUUGUUACAGGUAAUUAUAUAAAAGGCCAAGAUGUUU